CACAGGUCCUGCAGUUCUUUGUCUAGUUCCACAUCGGUGUCCGGCCGCCAUGACGGAGAGUCCCCGGCCCCUCACCCGCUCAGGUUCUGAUUACAUGAGGAGAUGUCCCCGUCCUCUGUAUUCCCAGGACUGUCCAGAGGAGAAGCUCCCAGAGAACCAUCAGGAUGAAAAUCUGAUGGAUAUUAAGGUUGAGGUUAAAGAUGAAGCAGAAGAGGAGACGGAUUUAUGGGGCGAUCAGCAGAAUGGACUCAUAGAAGGAAGUCCCCCCAAGAGAUGUCCCCGUCCUCUGUAUUCCCAGGACUGUCCAGAGGAGAAGCUCCCAGAGAACCAUCAGGAUGAAAAUCUAAUGGAUAUUAAGGUUGAGGUUAAAGAUGAAGCAGAAGAGGAGACGGAUUUAUGGGGCGAUCAGCAGUAUGGACUCAUAGAAGGAAGUCUGCCCAAGAGAUGUCCCCGUCCUCUGUAUUCCCAGGACUGUCCAGAGGAGAAGCUCCCAGAGAACCAUCAGGAUGAAAAUCUGAUGGAUAUUAAGGUUGAGGUUAAAGAUGAAGCAGAAGAAGAGACGGAUUUAUGGGGCAAUCAGCAGGAUGAACUCAAAGAAGGAAAUCCCCCCGAGAGAUGUCUCCAUGAGGUGGACAUUCCAGGCGAUGUGACCACAGAAUAUCUCAGUAAGACGUCUGAUGGGAACGUCAUGUUAUCACAGAAUUAUAUAGAAGAAGAUGGAACCAUCGUGCAGCGCUCUUCAGGAGAAAACCUAAUUACCUUGAUUGUAUAUCCAGGACUUAACGUUACAUAUCUUUCGUGUAAUCCGCCUAAUCAUGAGGAACCUUCUCCUGACCAAUCACAGAUUGUUACCACAAGUCCAGAUCUAUUAUAUAAUCCUCCUAAUCAUAAGGAACCUUCUGUUGACCAAUCGCAGAUCGUUACCACAAGGCAGAAGCGGGAUAAAAGGUUCCAGUGUGGAGAAUGUGAAAAACGGUUUACAAGCAGCUCAUGUCUUUCUAAACACAGAAGAAUUCACACAGGAGAGAAGCCAUAUUCAUGUUCGGUAUGUGAGAAACGUUUCACAAGGAAAUCAGAUCUUAUAAAACAUGAGAGAAUUCACACAGGGGAAAAGCCAUAUUCAUGUUCAGAGUGUGAGAAAUGUUUCACAGAAAAAUCAAGUCUCCUUAUACAUCAAAGAAUACAUACAGGAGAAAAGCCGUACCCAUGUUCAGAAUGUGGGAAACGUUUUACAAAUACAUCACAUCUUAUUAAGCAUAAGAGAAUUCACACAGGAGAGAAGCUGUAUUCAUGUUCAGAAUGUGGGAAAUGUUUCACAGAAAAAUCAAGUGUCCUCAUACAUCAGCGCAUUCACACAGGAGAGAAGCCGUAUUCAUGUUCAGAAUGUGGGAAAUGCUUUACUAGUAAAUCACAUCUCGUAAAGCAUGAGAGAAUUCACACAGGAGAGAAGCCGUAUUCGUGUUCAGUAUGUGGGAAGCGUUUUACAGAAACGUCAAGCCUUCUUAUACAUCAGAGAAUUCACACAGGGGUGAAGCCAUUUUCUUGUGCAGAAUGUGGAAAAUGUUUUACAAAUAAAUCACAUCUUAUAAAACAUAAGAAAAUUCACACAGGAGAGAGGCCACAUUCAUGUUCAGAAUGUGGGAAAUGUUUUAUAGAAAAAGCCAAACUUCGUUAUCACCAGAGCAUUCACACAGGAGAGAAGCCGUAUUCAUGUGCAGUAUGUAAAAAAUGUUUCACAAAUAAAUCAUAUCUUGUUAGACAUGAGAGAAGUCACACAGGACAGAAGACAUUUUGAUGUUUUACAAGUAAAUAAAAGCUUGAAACUCA